AUGCGCAUUUCUUACGCACUCACGGUCACGGUGGCGACUCUCCUUGUUCCUAGCAACGCGCUCGUGAACUCAAAGCCUGCGAUGCUGUCUCCACCCGGAGAGCCAAGUCAGCGUCAUUUGCGGUCUCAUGACACCCCUGUUCUGGUAGAUGACUACAAUGCUGAUGAGGAGAGGGGUCUAGAUAAAGCAGCGAUGAAGACAAUGUGGGAGGAUGGAAUGAGUGCUGCCGGCUAUGCUAAGAAGUUGGGCAUUACUGACAAAAUUGCACUCGCUGAAAAAUCGGCCGGCGUUCUCCAGCAGCUCAUGCAAACCCGUAGGUACGAAAAGUACCAACAGUACCUCAACUAUUUGGCCAAAAAGAACAAGAAGAAGAAGCCGGAUCUUAUCUACUUAUCAUAA